AUGCAUCCGGCUACUCUGUUCAUCCUCACUCUUGUCCUACCGUUCACUGGUCAGGUCUAUAGUAAGGUGGUCAAUCAUGCUACGGGUGGAUCUGAAAGUGGGACAGGUGAAGUCAUAACGCUCUUCCUCCGAUACCACACUAUCACUUCCUUAACCCGCUCCUUGACCCGAUCAGAAUGUCAUGCCGAUAUAGCUGUCGCUCUGAAGCAUUCAUGUAAACAAGGCUUAGAUGGUGGUGAAAGCGGACUGACUGAACUGCGGAAGAGAGAUAUCGCCAUCUCCUUCACCAUCUGUUCCAUGCAAUCCGCUUUACAACACGUACCCGUCGAGUGCAGCUCUUGGAACCCUACCAACUACGAUGGAGGGACAGGCGGUUCAGAUCAGAUGUAUCCGGGAACGGACGAUGGAAGUUCAGAUGCGAAACUUCUGCAAGAGAAACAGACCUCUUGUUUAGGAGCACUACAUCGUAGCCCCCAAGAAUGGAGUGCUUAUAAUGCAUUCUUGAGCGAUUCGACCCAACUAUGCCAUGUGCUGCAAGCACGCAAACAAGCAGUUGACCGUUACGUCAAUGCUACGAUGGAAAAAAUCGCCUUUCUCGAUCUCAUGAAGAAGCGGGAAAUGGUACAACUCUCACGAGAGAGGAAACUUGAGAGCGAGCUGGAUGAACGCUCAAGGGAUCUGAGAGAAGCUUCCUCUUACGUGAUGUUUGCCCACAAGAAGCUGCAAGAUGACAUAGAAUUAUCUCUCGAACUGCGCCAAAAUCUUCGAAGCGCAUUUCACAAGCUCGAAUCCGAAAGAAUUGAUAUUUGGGACAGUUUCGAGAGAGAUGUGAAAGAUCGCUUAUUCGAGGCAGACGCUCGUUACGAAGCCAUGCUGUUCGAGCUUAAGAAUGGAUGGGAAGCAGAGGCCUGGAUAAUGCGUUACAACGGGUUUGUGCUUCCGAUACUUUAA